UAGAACACGCCAAAAUGACACCUAUGGGAGAUUUCGUCAUUGCCAUUUUUGAUUUCUGUGUGAGGAUAAACAGUUUGUGUUUGACGGACAGUGAGAAGUCGUUGCUGUCAGCUGUAAUACUUAUGUCUGCUGAUCGUCCGGGUUUGAAUGAAAAACAGUUGGUUGCGUCGUUACAAGACAGUUAUCUCCGUGCCUUGCAAUAUGAAUUACGUAGAAACCAUCCUGAGGAUGACUCUCUUCUCUCACAAGUACUGUUAUUGCUGCCUAAACUUCGAGAAAUAAACUGCGAACAUAGCAAGCGGUUAAUGGAAAUGAAAGUUAGUCCUGAUGUACAAUUUCCUCCUUUACACCAAGAAGUAUUCUCGAAAUAAAGACUAUGCGACGCCAUCGAGUUUAUAAACAACCUAUAUAGAGUAUUGGCUGUUUACAAAUAUAAGUCAGUGUUUAUGUCCUGUGCUACAGGGUCAUUUCCCGCUCCACGUUCUGCCUGUUUAUUAUUGUUGUUGUUUAUUGCUUGCUCUAAAUGACAUGAUAGUCUUCUCAUCUCGAUUGUUUGAACAAAUCGAGAACGCACAUUUCAA